AUGUCACCUACAUCUUUAUCAUAUAAACAUUUGCAACGACGUCUGCGACGGACAUUGUACUGUGGCAAUGAACGGAUGAAGUCAUUACCAUUACCACUUUCAGAACUGGCUGCAGAUUAUUUCAAUAAGCAUUGUCCAUAUGAUUAUAUGAAUUUGGAUUAUGCAACCUCGUUAACACGUGGUGGUUGUGUGGAUGCUUGCACAUUUUUAGUGGCGAUGGUAUACCUUGAUCGUAUGAGGGCUGUUGGAAAGAAGUUUUUUGAAGCAACUGACCCUAAUGAGAUGUAUCUUUCAGCACUCAUAAUUGCUAAUAAAUAUCUUCAUGACUACGGUGAGAAAGAAUUUAUUUAUACUAAUGAAUGGGCAGCAUGUGCGAGCACUUCCAUAAAAGAAAUAAAUAAAAUAGAACUGCAGCUGCUUAAUGCCAUGCAGUGGAAUGCAAAUGUAAGUCAUGAAGAGUUUUCUUGCGUGCUGCGAGAUGUUGAAGUUUGGAUUGCAAGGGACAGUUUUUCAAAGCGUGGAUUUUGUACGUAUAAUGAAAUAGCUAUACUGGGAUCGAAGCUGAAUUUUAUAGUGGUUUUCGUCAAGCCGUUUUUGAUUUCGCUUGCCGUUUUUAGUGCUAUUUAUACGGUAGCAGUUGGAGCAUUAUUUGUAACCUCACAAAUUGUAAUCUUAUCAAACAUGCAACGUGGACUGAUAAAAAACGAUAGACCAUCAUCAUCUCCAACGUAUUCUUUCAAUUUUGGAAAUUUAACUCAAAUCUUACCAACGCUGCAUUUGGAGUUGAUGAAAACUGCCUACAAAUAUGAUGUAGCAAACAUUCCUCUCUCAUUUUGGAUCAGAUAUCGUUAUUGAAU